AUGAAAGUAGCAGCAAUCCUGGUGACAUUCUUGGCUGCUUGGCACUUGGGAUGCUUAUCGGUUGCUCUUGUACGCAAAGACACAAUAACAAGAUCUAUUGCUAGUCUUCAAGACAUUGGAAAGAAACCAGUUUUGAGAGCCCCAGUCCCAAAAAGGCAGAAGUGUGAUCACUGGUCUCCUUGCCCACCUGAGAACUACGCCUAUCGGAUUCUUAGUGGUGGUGGCAGAGGAAAGCUGGCUAAAAUUUGUUUUGAGGAUGAACUGCUUAUAAGUGAAGAGAAGGGUAACGUCGGAAGAGGUAUAAACAUUGCCAUUGUGGAUUAUAAAACAGGAAAAUUUAUAUCAGCAAGAUUUUUUGACAUGUGGGAAGGAGACCACUCAGGAGAGAUGAUGACUUUCAUUAAAAACGCAUCACAAGGGUCCCUCCUUUUGAUGGUCACUCAUGAUGAUGGAAGCACCCGGUUGAACAGUGAUGCCAGAAAAUUAGUAGAAGAACUGGGAAGUAAUGAAAUACGGAAUAUGAAGUUCAGGUCAAGCUGGGCUUUUAUAGCUGCCAAAGGCUUCAAGCUGCCAGAUAAUAUUGAAAAAGAAAAGAUAAACCAUUCUGACAAGAACAAGAACAGAUAUGGUAGCUGGCCAGCUGAAAUUCAAAUAGAAGGCUGUAUCCCAAAAAACCUUAUCUGA